CAAAGUCCAGCUGAUAAUAACAGUUUAUAGUGGAAAUGUCCAUAUGUUUAUUAAUUGCAGCGUGUUGUGAGCCUGUUUGACAGACAAACAGACAAACAACAGACAUGCAGCCGUCUGUUGAGUCUCUGGUCCGCCUGCUGGAGUCAUACAGAGGACGGGAUAAAGUUAUCAGGACGUUCUGUUACGGCUCCCAGCUGCUGGGCGGAGCUUUGUCUCUGUCUCGGAGGACAGAAACAGGAAACAGAAACGUUUCAUGGCAGCGACUUGGUAAAAGUCUGCUGCUGUUCUCUGCUCAGCUCAGCCACUGCCGCACCGUGCUCAGGCUGUUUGAUGACCUGUCCAUGCUGGCCUACUCCCAGAGCUACGGGCUAGGAGGAGGGGAGGAGGAUGCAGGUGUGCGCUGGAUAUCGGUGCUGACCAACGUGGCCGACCAGCUCUACUACCCGUGUGAACACAUCGCCUGGGCCGCCGACGCCGAGCUGGUCCAGGUGAAGUCUGACAGGUGGUGGGUGCUCAGCACGGUGCUGUGGGGAACCUCGCUGCUGCUGGGAAUACUCAGGUCGCUCCGAGUUCUGCUGCUGCUGAAGAAGAAGCUCCAGAAUCACGAGAGGGACGGAGCUGGCAGCAGCUCUCAGCUGCGCAGACAGAUGCGAGGCGAGCUGCUCUCCAUCCUCGGCAGCAUGGCCGACCUCAGUAACGCCGUCCACUGGAUGCCGCCCGGCUUCCUGUGGGCCGGACGCUUCCCCAACUGGCUGGUCGGGCUGAUGGGAACCACCUCCUCCCUGAUCGGGUUGGUCCAGAUGAGCAACGGAGACAGCGACCAGACAGACAGAACAUAGUCUGAUCUAGUCCUCACAGUGGGAACAGAUCAGGUUCUUUAACCAAGGACUGAAUGAUGAAGUGAAAGGAUGUAGUAGAUCAGACGAAUCAUCUGGAUCAAUAACUGAAUGAUCAGUGAAUAAUCUAAGUUGAGUUGUAGAUUCUCCUCCAAGUGAUUCAUCAAAUGUGAUUGAAAGUGUUGAAAAUGUUUCUUUACUGAGCUCAUUUCUCAGCUAAAUGCUGCAGCAUCGCAUCCCAGAAAUGUGAAAUUUAUUUAGAAUGUACAGUACAGGCCAAAAGUUUGGACACACCUUCUCAUUCAAUGCGUUUUUCUUUAUUUUCAUGACUAUUUAC